AUUUUGAUCGUACGUGACUCAGUCACAAAACAGCCAUAAAUCGAACAUCUUUCCACUGAAAUUCCAAAUCCGGACGUAAAUUAGCUCCUAAAUUCUUACGACGGCAGCAUCCGGCUGCUAGGAACACACCCGCGGAUACAGUUGCACCAACCCGGGACUAUCGUUUUCCGGUGGAGAGUCGAAUCCGAAGCAUCACUAAUGCACAGCAGGUGAAAAACUUUCUCCCCUCUUUGCGACGACGACGAAAAUUUGAUCCGAGAAGAGAAGAUGAAACUGGAACACCUGGCCAUCGUUUUGGUGGCUUUUUACCUGCAAUGCUGCGUUCUCGGAAGGGAUUCGUCCGAGGAGCUGUACUCGGUGGAGUCUUCUUCAUCCGAGGAAGAGCUGGAGAACGAAGCCGUUCUCGAGGAGGACCCCCACUUUGAUCUGCUGAUCUUCACCCAGCGAUGGCCCAUCACGGCGUGCUACGAGUGGCGCGAAAAGAGUGCCAGCAACGUGUGCGGACUGCCCUCGCCCAGGAACAUCUGGACCAUUCACGGCAUUUGGCCAACCAAGCUUAACACGAUUGGACCUAGCUUCUGCAACAAGACGGCGAUCUUCAACGUGACCGAGCUGGCCCCGAUCGAGCCCCAGCUGGAGCAGUUCUGGACAAACGUCGAGAAGAACAAGCCGUACGAUUCGCUGUGGCGGCACGAGUGGCUCAAGCACGGAACCUGUGCAGCGGCAGUGCUGACUCAGCUCAACUCGGAGAACAAAUACUUUGGCCAGGGCCUUUCCUGGCUGCAGCAGCACUCGAUGGCCGAUGUGCUCAACGAGGGAAGCGUUACGCCCGGCGCCAACUACACGCUGUCCAACAUUCACGAAGUCCUUACCAAUCGCUUCCAGAAGAACGUCGCCAUCGAGUGUUUCUACGACCGGGAAACGAAGCAACAAUUUAUUAACGAGAUUCGCGUGUGCUUCAACAAGGACCUGGAACUGGCGGACUGCGACGGAAUCCUGUUUGAGGAAGUGGCGCUGAACUCGCCAACCCUUGGAAAAAUCAUCUCCAACUGCAACGUCAACAAACCGAUCUUCUACCCGGCAACCGUGCCACCAUCGCGCUUCGACAAGACCCACCUGUCGCCGUUCGACCUGCACCGAAAGUUUCUCGACGAGUACAAAAGCCGCAAGGCGAAGGAGAGCCGAACGAUGAAGCUGCUGGUGAACAUCUACAAGCUGAUCCAACUGCUAAAGUGGACAACCAUUUGAGCGAUUUCGUCCGAUUUAGUUUAUUUUAUUUCAGCAUGGUUUUAACUAAUUUUACAUUAUCAACUCAUUGAGAUUUUCAACAUUUUACUUAAUCCCAUCCAAAAGCGAUACCUUCAUACGUCAAAAUGCAACUUUAGGACUUUACCAAAAAAUAUAAAAAAUAUAAAGUCACGCUAGCUUAGAAAUUGUGAGCCAGCCUGUGUAAAUAUUUAACAAAAAAAAAACAUUAUUUUACUAUUCUUUAGCGCGAUUGGUAUUUAAUCGAAGGCUAAACGACCUGAUUCCCAAUAGUGAUAGAAGGAAAAAACCAAUACAGCAAUUAAACUAAUCAAUUAAGCAGAAACCGAGAACCGGAGAAAAGGCGCUGCAUUUUUUUCGAAGUAAAAUAAAAAUAAACCAAAACAAAUAAACUUUCAGAACCAAA